UUCAUCGCUGAGGUGCUGUUUGCGGUGACCAGCAUGCUGAGUUUCACUCGCCUGGCCUACAUCCUACCAGCACACGAGUCUCUUGGUACCCUGCAGAUCUCCAUUGGAAAGAUGAUUGACGACAUGAUGAGAUUUAUGUUCAUUUUGGUGAUCAUUGGAACUGCCUUCCUGUGUGGCGUCAACAAUAUCUAUGUCCCAUAUAUGAUUUCACCAAAUCUUGGAAGGCUAAAUGAAACCUUCAGCUUCCUCUUCUGGACCAUGUUUGGUAUGGUCGACCAGUCCUAUGUGGACAUGCCCGAGUUUGUUUUGGCUGAGUUUGUUGGCAGAAUCCUUUAUGGCAUCUACACUCUGAUCAUUGUCAUUGUACUGCUAAACAUGCUCGUUGCCAUGAUCACCAACUCUUUUCAGAAGAUUGAGGAUGAUGCUGAUGUAGAGUGGAAAUUUGCCCGUUCAAAGCUCUACCUGAGUUACUUCAGAGAAGGACUGACUAUGCCUGUCCCUUUCAACAUCAUCCCCUCUCCAAAGGCCAUUUUCUAUCUUUUAAGAGGAAUUUUCAGACGGAUCUGCUGCUGCUGCUUCAACUGUAAUUCUGCUCCAGACUACCCUGCACUUACGUCUAUGGAUGACGUGGGUCCAGGGGAGAACCGCAUUCCCUACAGACAGCAGGUCAUCCGUGCUCUGGUUCAGCGCUACAUAGAAUCUGCCAGGAGAGAGUUUGAAGAGACAAAACGCAAAGACGUUGGGAACAGGAUCACAGAGCUGAGCAAAGUGAUUGGCCAGCUACAUGUUGAAAUGAAACAGAUUCAAACGAACGCGUUUGACUACUCAGACAACACCAAAGGAGACCCGUCAGGAGGAUCUUCUUUCCUGGGAAAGUACAUCCUUGGAGCCAAAAACAACUUCAAGGGCUUCAACAGCAACGAGAGAAAGACUGUUCCGUUACAUGAGCCUAUACACCAUGAAGAACCAGCAGCGGAGACUGUAGAAGAGAAGGACUUGCAGGAGUCACCGACCGCUGACACAGAGCCAGACAGGAAAUCAAAUGAAGAGCAAAACAGUGAGGGAGAAACAGAUAAUGCUGUGGAAGACAUGAAUGAGACAGAGGAGGGAGAAGAUGAGGGGGACGUGGAGACGGGAAAUGAUGGUGCCACUAAGAUUAGCAUGGAGGGAGAAGAGGAGGAGAGUGGUGCUGAAAAGAAUACAGAUACAGAGAAUACAAGUGAGACAGUCAUAGAUAUAGAGUCCAAUACAGAUGCUGAAAGUGAAGCUAGUGGAAAAAGAGAAGAUGAGAUGAUGGUGGAGGAAACCAGUGAUAAUGUGGAGGAAUUAAAUGCAGAGGCGACAGGAGGAACAGAUCUAAAUGAAGCAGAGACAGAGGAAAACGGAGAGGUUGAGGAAAGUAAUGGAACGACUGAAGAUAUAAAAGAAGACGUAGGCCUAGUUGAAGUCAUCAGUGAAAAUGCAGGUGAGGGCAUCAAGAUUGACCUGAAUCAGACAAGCCUAGUGAGUUUCUUAGCAAAGAGGAUAGAGGAAAAGCUAGAGAGGAAUUUUACUUUCAUUGGAAACCAAGUAUCAUCUCCAAGCGGCAGCGAUGACUCCCAAGACACCGGUUUUGGUUCUCAAGUAUUUGACCUCUCAACUAGCAGUCCUUAA